AGCGGGACCAGUUUCCUCGUGAGCGACCAGAGCCGCUUCGCCAAGGAAGUGCUACCCCAAUACUUCAAGCACAGCAACAUGGCCAGCUUUGUGCGGCAACUCAAUAUGUACGGUUUUCGGAAGGUGGUGAGCAUCGAGCAGGGCGGCCUGCUCAGGCCAGAACGAGACCACGUCGAGUUCCAGCAUCCGAGCUUCGUACGCGGCCGCGAGCAACUACUGGAACGCGUGCGGCGCAAGGUGCCGGCGCUGCGCAGCGACGACGGCCGCUGGCGCCCUGAGGACCUGGGCCGGCUGCUGGGCGAGGUGCAGGCUUUUCGGGGAGUGCAGGAGAGCACCGAGGCGCGGCUGCGGGAGCUCAGGCAGUGCGGGGGAGGGGGCAGAGGAGAUGGGAGGAUGGGGGAAGGGGAGGAUCUGGGCGAAAGGACACUGGCCUUCAAGAGUUUCUGGGCAGCUCUUUUUUUCUCUCUGGCCUUGGCUCCUCCAUCCAGACCAAUGGGCUGUGGAAGGAAGUCUGUUGUCUAUGGAUGGUUGAUUAUCUGAGUGGGCGGCCGGUUCAGGCCUGCCAUUCUGGGGGCGGGGGCUGGUGGUAACUGGGUGAACUCUCAGAUGCCUCAGCACCCUCCCACGCCUUUCCCCCAGGCAGAACGAGAUCUUAUGGAGGGAGGUGGUGACGCUGCGGCAGAGCCACGGUCAGCAACACCGCGUCAUUGGCAAGCUGAUCCAGUGCCUCUUUGGGCCACUUCAGGCAGGAUCGAGCUGUCCAGGAGCUAAGAGAAAGCUGUCCCUGAUGCUGGAUGAGGGGUGCCCAACACCAGCCAAAUUCAGCGCCUGCCCCCUACCUGGUACCCUCCUGCCGGACCCUUACUUUGUCCAGUCGCCCCUCCCAGAGACCACCUUGGGCCUCAGCAGCCCUCACAAGGCCAGAGGCCCCAUCAUCUCUGACAUUCCAGAAGACACUCCAUCCCCUGAAGGAACCAGGCUUUCUCCCUCCAGUGGUAGCAGGAGCACCCCCACCACUGCCUGUGGCUGUGGUGCAGGCCAUCCUGGAAGAAAAAGGGAGCUUCAGCCCUGAGGGGCCCAGGAAUGCCCAACAGCCUGAGCCAAGAUGCCCCAGGGAGGUUCCUGACAGGGGACCCCUGGACCUGGAGAGGGAAGGCAGGAGCCCAGAGAGUCUGCUGCCUCCAAUGCUGCUUCGGCCCUCCCCUGAAAAUGUGGAGCCUGCGGGGCCGCUGGAUGUGCUGGGUCCCAGCCUCCAAGGGCGAGAAUGGACUCUGAUGGACUUGGACAUGGAGCUGUCCCUGUUGCAGCCUUUGGUUCCAGAGAAGGGUGAAGCUGAGCUGGCGGUCAAGGGGUUAAAUUCUCCAGGCCCAGCCCCCACCAUGGGCAACGCGCAGGAGAGGCCGUCAGAGACGAUCGACCGGGAGCGGAAACGUCUGGUAGAGACGCUACAGGCAGACUCAGGGCUGCUGCUGGAUGCGCUGCUGGCACGGGGCGUGCUCACCGGACCAGAGUACGAGGCGUUGGACGCACUGCCUGAUGCCGAGCGCAGGGUACGUCGCCUGCUGCUGCUGGUGCAAAGCAAGGGCGAGGCCGCCUGCCGUGAACUGUUGAACUGCGCCCAGCGAACCGUGCACGCGCCCGACCCCGCCUGGGACUGGCAGCACGUGGGCACCGGCUACCGGGAACGAAGUUACGACCCCCCGUGCCCAGGCCACUGGAGUCCUGAGCCAGCUGGCUCAGGGAUCGCAUGCCCCUGGCUGCCUAGAGCUUCAGAUUGCGACGAGACCCAGAGUCCUGAGGACUCCGAGGCAGCACAAUCCGGAACUCCUGAAGAACCCGAGCCACAGCUGGAAGCUGAGGCCUCUGAAGAGGCCGAGCCGAAGUUGGAACCCCAAAUGGAUCCAGAACCAGAGGCAGAACCAGAACCAGACCCUGAACUGGAGCCAGAGCCUGACUUCGAGGAGGGAGAUGAGUCUGAAGAUUCCUGAGGGCCAUAGCACUGACAGACCCCUCCAUGCCCUAGCAGGAUAGCAUCAGGGAUCCUGCCUUCCUGGGGCUCAGAUUCCAUCAAGGCUCCAUCUGGCCCAUUACCACUGAGGGUGAAUAAACUCUGGAGGGUCAGCCUA